CGGCCGCAGUGUCCCCGUGGCUGUCACGGUGCGGUGACAGCGGUGUCCCCGUGGCUGUCGCGGUGCGGUGACAGCGGCCGCGGUGUCCCCGUGGCUGUUGCGGUGUCCCCGCAGAGUGUCACCGGCGUGUUCUGCCCGGCGCACACGGACGUGGCCCUGGUGAGCUGCGGGCUGGAGCGCGGCCACUUCCUCAUCUCCGAUGUCCCCUUCCCCGGCUCCGCUGCCACCGUCCUCAAGAGACCCCCGUUCUGCCCCGCCAAGCUGGAGGGGGCCAAGCCGGGUGACCGGGGGGCACACCCGGGGGUGGCCGCAGCGGUGGCCGUGCUGCUGGAGGCGCCCUGCGGCAGCGUCCUGCUGACCCGCCGAGCCACCACCCUGCGCCACUUCCCCAACGUCUGGGUGCCACCAGGUGGGCACUUGGAGCCAGGAGAAGAGCUGGUGGCCGCAGGGCUGCGGGAGCUGGCCGAGGAGACGGGGCUGCGCCUGGAGCCCGGGACCUUCUCGUGGCGCCUGCUCGGCCUCUGGGAGGUAACGACCCCCCCGCAGGCGGGGCUGGGCUGGGG